CUGUCAGCAACGGGUGUGGCUGAAAUAGUCGAAUCCACUAAUUUGAAGGGGUGUCCACAUACUUUUGUAUAUAUCGUGUAUGUUUAUAUACAUCACUGGGAAAGUAAACUUUCAGGUUUCCCUUCCUGUUUCUGUCAUGUUCCACUGUGGGAUUUUAACUGCUUUAUGGCUAUUUACUUUUUUUUUGCCAAAUCAAAAUGUUUCUCUUGAGGAAAUGUCUCAUUUUUUAAAAGAGAGCAAUGAAUUAUGUAAAUAGUUCAGCAGCUAGGUAUGUACAAAUAUCAAGCUGGUAAGAUUUUUACUUCUGUGAGCGUAUAUGAAUAUAUUUUAUAUGAAUGUACUGAUGGUCAAGAUGUAGUUGGUUGGUUGUGUGGUUAUUAGCCAUGUUUGUAAUUUGCCUCUGGAAUUAUGUCUUCUGCUGUCUAUGAGCUGAGAGAGAGAGAGAGUGGCAGAAUUCAAAGUGCCUUGUGCAAUAUCUCAUCUCUGAAGCAAACAGCAUGCAAGAUGUGCCUUUCUAAGCAAAGAGAAAACACCACUCCUAUAUAUUCAAGAAAUAAAAAGGCAUGCUUUUUAAUUUAGACAUUGUACUGUUAUCUUUGUUCACACUCAGUUGUGAUAUUUGCUGUGGGGCAUUUUUGAAAUAGAUAUUUAUGGUGUCAAUAGUUUGGAAUUAUUUUGUAAAUAUGUUAUCUGGAUGGAUAAGAAGUGUGAGCUAUGCUUAAAUAUGAAGUUUCUCAUUAAAAUUAAGGAAAACAUUUGACUACAAUCAUUGGACAAAUACUUGUACAAAUAAUCAUAGUUUGAGACUACUGGUAGUAGGCUAUGAUUGUAACUCGAAAACAUCAGAUGCGCAAACAAAUGUCGGAUAGUAAAAAAAAAGAUUUUUAUACCUCGAGUGGUAGGUAUCAAAGAUUGGUUUUGACACUGGUAUUUUCUGACUCUUCACCUGUCUCAGCCCCUAUUAUUUUUCAUGCUUGUGGCUGUUUUCUAUUGGUGCAAAAGUGAUAUUGCUUGACACACGGCAAGAAUGACAUGCAUGGUAGCCAAUUGCUGAAACGCGCCUGCCCCCUCUUUCUUGAUGACAUGCCUGGAGCUCCAAUCACACCUUAGAACCGGGAGGGGCUGGUUCGUCACUAGUUACCAUAGCCACAAAGUCAUAAUGAUGGCUAAACCCCGUCUAUUUGUAUAAUUUAUCUUAAAAUCUGAUUUUAACCUUAACCAUAAUGCUAAUCUUAUGCCUAAUCUUAAAUUAAGAGCAAAUAGCUAAACAAAAUCAUGAAUUUUUACGAUAUAGCCAAUUUUGACUGUGGCUGUGGUAACUAGUGACAACCGAGGGGCUGGGUUUGUUGACAGGAAGAGUGUGGUGCGCUGUCGACUUUGUCAGCCAGCUGAGCCUAGGUGGGUUGUAAGCUGGUUGUAAGCAAUAAACAGAAGACAAUUCAGCCAUUUAUUCAUCAAAAUAUUGUCGAUUUGAACUAUGAAUUUUAAGACCGAUCCAGAACAAAGAUGCAAUGGAGGUCAAUUCUGGUUGGUCUCGUCGUACUCAGACUGACUUUCAGUUGUUUGCUAUGGCUAGCGUUUGGACUGGGACCUAGCUGGGGGUUCAACUUCCCCCUAAAUUUAAAUUUAAAUUUGCACAAAAUAGAACUUUUCAAGGAGGAUGAUGGGACAUCCACAAAGGACAAUUCCUGGUCACAACGAAUACACGGCCAUGGAGACGCACAAAGCAGGACCUCUUGUGCCAAACUUGGUGAAGAAGAUUCAGCUAAGAAGAAGUCUUACCUUAGCCUCUUUGAAGGGGACAGGGACGAGUAUGACAGGAGAUAUAGCACCUUCCCGGACACACUCAAGUUAAAGAUGAAAGGCAUGGCCAAAGACAUGUUCUACUUUGGAUAUGACAACUACAUGAAAUAUGCCUUUCCCGAAGAUGAGCUGAAUCCCAUUGACUGUCAAGGGAGAGGGCCUGACGUUCUCAACCCGUCAAACAUCAACAUUAAUGAUGUGUUGGGAAACUAUUCCUUGACACUCAUUGACACCCUUGACACACUACUGGUGCUGGGGAAUGUGUCAGAGUUCCAUAGAGCUGUGAAGUUGGUGAUAGACACCGUAUCUUUCGACAAGGACUCCACUGUGCAAGUGUUUGAGGCUAACAUCAGAAUCCUGGGUAGUCUGAUCUCUGCUCACAUCCUCCUGACUGACCCCAAGCAUCCCUUCGGGGACGUGGGCCUGGAAGACUAUGACAAUGAGCUACUUCACCUGGCCCACGACCUGGCAGUCCGCCUGCUGCCAGCCUUCGAGAACACCAGCACAGGCAUCCCCUACCCCAGGGUGAACCUGAAGAGUGGUGUCCCUCCAGACAGCAUCAAUGAGACUUGCACAUCGGGGGCUGGCUCCCUGCUGGUGGAGUUUGGCAUUCUGAGCCGUCUGAUUGGAGACUCCACUUUUGAGUGGGUGGCCAGACGGGCUGUCCGAGCCCUGUGGAACCUGAGGAGCAACGAGACAGGCUUGCUAGGGAAUGUGGUGAACAUCCAAACGGGACAGUGGGUUGGCAAGCAGAGUGGCCUGGGAGCAGGGAUGGACUCCUUCUACGAGUACCUGCUCAAGUCUUACAUCCUGUUUGGAGAGAAAGAGGACUACCGGAUGUUCCAAGCUUCUUAUGCGAGCAUCCAGAACCACCUGAGAAGAGGGAGGGAGUCAUGUAAUGAGGGAGAAGGGGACCCUCCACUCUACGUCAAUGUGAACAUGUUCAACGGCCAGAUCAUGAACACCUGGAUCGACUCCCUGCAAGCCUUCUUCCCUGGCCUCCUGGUGUUGAACGGUGAUGUGGAGGAGGCCAUUUGCCUGCAUGCCUUCUACUACGCCAUCUGGAAGCGCUUCGGGGCCCUGCCGGAGAGGUACAACUGGCAGCUACAGGCGCCUGACUUGCUCUUCUACCCCCUGAGGCCAGAACUGGUGGAGUCCACCUAUCUCCUGUACCAGGCAACCAAAAAUCCAUUCUAUUUGCAUGUAGGAAUGGAUAUCCUUCAGAGCCUGGAAAAAAAUGCCAAAGUCAGGUGUGGGUAUGCCACUCUCCACCACGUGGUAGACAAGUCCAAAGAGGAUCGCAUGGAGAGCUUCUUUCUCAGCGAGACCUGCAAAUACCUUUAUCUGCUGUUUGAUGAUGACAACCCCUUGCACAAAUCAGAGAACAAGUACAUCUUCACCACAGAGGGCCAUGUGGUGCCUAUCGACGAGCGCUUCCGGGAGAAGCAGUGGAACGACCUGUUCCCCUGUGAGGAGGGCGUGGUGACAGACCAGGAGACCUCCAACGGGUCAUUUUCGAGCAACAAUAGCAAUUGUGACAGGGUCCCUGAGGAGCGGAGGUACUCCCUGCCUUUGAAGAGUGUGUACAUGAGACAGAUUGAUCACAUGGUGGGACUGUUCUGAGGAGAGGACGCUGGUGUGACCGGGUCCUCAGUCAGUAGACUCCCUCACUCAGGCACAGCUUGUUGUGUGAAGAGGACAGAAGGGAAUAGAACUCCUCCUGCUCCCCUACCACUCUGCUCAGGACCAAGGUGGACAAUACUAACUCACUAGGACACCUUUAAAAUAGCAUUUCUAUUUUUUUGCGGUAUUGUUUUAUAAUAUGCAUCACUUAGCGUUCAGAGGGGGAAGUUACAAUUUUAAAGGACAAUUUUUGUUUUUUCCAGUAAAAGGUUUGGUGGAAACCUGUUCCACCACAUUUUGA